GUCGGGAUUUGGUGUUCCCACAAAACAAGUCCGCACUUCCGGUUCCUGCGCAUGCUGUAACAGCUGACGCGGUGCACGCCUGUCUCCUGCAGUGAAAAACUUUCUCCGCGACUAUAAUUCGUCAUGAUUAAAGAGGAAGCUAAAGGGGUGGCGGAGGAGGAACAGCAGGCCCAGUCAAAGAAAGCCCAGAAGAAACAGCAGAAGGAAGCAGAGAAAGCUGCAAAGAAGGCUGAGAAACAGGCAAAGCAGGCUGGCGAUCAGAAAACUGUGGAGGAAGAUGACUUCGCCAAGGAUCGUUAUGGCGUGACAGCAAUGGUGCAGUCUCAAGAAAAACUGGACAGGGCUCUGGUGCUGGUCAAAGACAUGACUCCUGAGAAGGCUGACAAGUUGAUUUGGUUGCGUGCCCGUGUACACACCAGCAGGGCCAAAGGGAAGCAGUGUUUCUUGGUGCUGCGCCAGCAGCAGUUUAACGUGCAGGCACUGGUUGCAGUGGGUGAUCGUGCCAGCAAGCAGAUGGUCAAGUUUGCUGCAAACAUCACGAAGGAAAGUAUUGUGGAUGUGGAGGCUUUAGUGAGGAAGGUGGAUCAGAAGAUCGAGAGCUGUUCCCAACAGGAUGUGGAGCUUCACAUUGAGAAGAUUUUCGUUAUCAGCCAUGCAGAGGCCCGUCUUCCCCUGCAGUUGGAGGAUGCUGUUAGGCCUGAUGGAGAGGGGGAUGAGGAAGGCAGAGCCACUGUCAACCAGGACACCAAACUGGACAACAGAGUGAUUGAUCUCAGGACCACCACGAGCCAGGCCAUCUUUCGUCUGCAGUCGGGAGUGUGCCAGCUCUUCAGAGAUACCCUCACCAAAAAGGGUUUUGUGGAGAUCCAGACACCUAAAAUCAUAUCAGCUGCCAGCGAAGGUGGUGCCAACGUCUUCACUGUGUCUUACUUUAAGACCAGCGCCUACCUGGCCCAGUCUCCACAGCUGUACAAACAGAUGUGCAUCUGCGCUGACUUUGACAAGGUCUUCUGUGUGGGUCCAGUUUUCAGGGCAGAGGACUCCAACACCCACCGUCACCUCACAGAGUUUGUGGGUCUGGAUAUCGAGAUGGCCUUCAAUUACCAUUACCAUGAGGUGAUUGACUCCAUCACAGACACCAUGGUCCAGAUCUUCAAGGGGCUGAGAGACAACUUCCAGACUGAGAUCCAGACGGUCAACAAGCAGUUCCUCAGCGAGCCUUUCAAAUUCCUGGAGCCCACUCUGAGGCUUGAGUACACAGAGGCCUUGGCCAUGUUGCGUGCAGCCGGGGUGGAGAUGGGCGAUGAGGAAGACCUGAGCACACCAAAUGAAAAGCUUCUUGGUCGCCUUGUUAAGGAAAAGUAUGAUACCGACUUCUACGUGCUGGACAAGUACCCUCUGGCUGUGAGACCUUUCUACACCAUGCCCGAUCCCAACAACCCGAAAUGCUCCAACUCGUAUGACAUGUUCAUGCGUGGGGAGGAAAUCCUAUCUGGAGCCCAGAGAAUCCAUGAUGCUGAGAUGCUGACAGAACGGGCCAAGCAUCACCAGAUUGAUCUGGAGAAAAUCAAGGCUUACAUCGACUCCUUCCGCUAUGGUGCCCCCCCACAUGGCGGUGGCGGCAUUGGCCUAGAGAGAGUCUGCAUGCUGUACCUGGGGCUCCACAAUGUGCGCCAGACCUCCAUGUUCCCUCGCGACCCCAAGCGCCUGACACCUUGAACGUCUGGCCUUGUGAAGCCAACUUGCUAUAUUACCUGUCCACGGGACGCACAUGGGUGAUGGGAAUCUACUAAUUUACAACACUGAAAGAGAAAGGGUUAAGCAGUUAGUGCCGCCUAGACACUAACGUGCAACUGUGAUUCAUUUCUAUGAGGGAUUGAAGUCAUUGCUGAGGUAGGGAACUUUAUUGCGCGUUAUCUUACAACAAGGAAGAGUCGAGAGAGAGGAAGAGAGGACACUUAUGUUAGGUUGUUAAGAUGCACUCACAGUACUUCUUUUGGUCAACUAGUAAGUAACAGCAUUGGUAACAACUAGAAGGUCUCAUCUAAGUCCUAACUACCUCCAACUAAUCAUCAUGGCCUCCUGCAGUACAGUAUGUAAUUGCAUCUUUUUUAACCCACUUGAAUGGAAAAAUCAUGGCUCAUAAAAAUAUUUUUCAACCCA